ACCAUCCAUCAUAGACAGCAAAAUAAUCGCAAGUGAAUUAUUGUAAAUUCUAUUUGUAUUUUUUCGAAACGUUGUGAAUUUAAUUUUGUGAUAGUUCAUUUUGAAAAUAUUUGAAGUAGAAACGAGGAACAAAAAAGUGUGUUUCAGUAAACAAAAUGGGGCUCCAAGAUUGUGGAAUGCCCGAAGAAAAACUGCCACAAUGUUGGUCGGACGAUGUGCGAAUGAAUGCCCUUUUUGCACCGUUCCGGUUAAAGUCCGCGAAUCCAGAGUCAUGGGAAAUGAAGAUGAAGUUCUGGUCGGACAUGGUGAGGCAGUGGUGCAAGCAUAAGAAGGAUCCUAUAGUGAAUGCGGCAGACGUGAAGUGUGUUUACCAGAGGAAAGGGCGCACCGCAGUUUGUAUUGACAUCGUCAUAGAGGAGAUGUUCAGAAAUGGAGAGCUGUGUCCACUGUCAAAGUAUCAGCAGAUUCUGCAUAAUGGUCCUGAAGGUUGGGUGAAAUGGGGGGCCAAGCUGGCUUUCAGACCUGCUGCCUUUGCCCUCACAGCGGUCACCUCAUUUUUACCUAAGCGUGAAGUCACAGACUCCAAUGGGCUACCUAAAGCAAGCAUAGAUUCUACUCAGAGAUUUGUUUUGGAAUCUGCAGUUAGGGACCAAGCCACAGAAUUGAUAAAUAAUUUUCCACCUGGCGUGGAGCGGAUUGGGACGAUAGAUGAUUUGAUGCGGAAAACUGGCAACACUAACAGGGAGGCGUUUGAGGUGUGGCUCGGGUACCUGGUGUCGCAGGGCCUGGCCGUGAAGAAGGAUGAUGUUGUUAAAUUAGCGGAGGGCAGCAAAAAGGUGUCACCUAUAACAUCCAUGGACGAGUCGCUAGUGAAGCUGUGUAACGCGGAGACCCGGCUGGAGGAGGACGCGACGAGGUUGGCGCGAGAGGUCGCGGCCGCCGCCGCCGAGGCCUCGGCUGCCAUGAAACUUGGCAACAGACUGGCCGCCAAGAACCAUCUCCGUAAGAAGCUGAAGGCCCAACAACGCCUGGACCGGUGCGAGGCGGCGCUGGAGAACGUGCGGCAGCUGCUGGUGCAGGCGCGCAACACCGACGUCAACACCGCCGUUAUUGACACAUACAGAACAAGUGCAAAUGCUAUGAAGGAGAACAUGAAACAGAACGGUCUGGACGAGGACUCCGUGUUCAACACCAUGGAUGACCUCAAAGAGGUGAUGGAGAGCUAUAACGAAGUAUCGAAGGCUUUGGGCGGCGGCGCGGAGGAGUUCGACGCGGCUGAGCUCGAGCAGGAGCUCAGCGAGCUGAUGGCCGGCCCCGGAGCGCCAGGGGGCACGCCCCAACAGGAGAGGCCUGCUAGAGAACCGGUGUUGCCGUCGCCGCCGCGGGAGGCGCCGCGCAAGACGCUGGAGCGCGAGUUCGUGUUCGAUGGCGAGGAACAGAUGCUGGCCGAGCUCAACAACCUCGGCGUCGACGAGGCCAGCCCCAGGAGGGUCGCGGUGGCCGUCGCCGAUGGUGAUAGUGAUAGUGAUGGUGGUGAGCCGGCCCCCAAGCCCGCGGCUAAAACUAAGCCGUCGCAGCCGUGGUACCCGCCGUCGGGGGAGUGUCUGCGGCCGGAGUGGGGGCGGGGCCUCGACGAGUACGGCGAGGUGCGACAAGACGAGCGGAUACACCCAGGUCAGCCGCUAAACGUGGACUACUCGUCGCCGGCGCGUCACUACAGCUCGGAGUUCGCGGUGCGCGACCACCGCGCCGACGGCCGCGUGUGGUUCUACAGCAGCGGCGACGAGAUGCAGCCCACCACGCACCACACCAGCGAGGAGGGUGCAGGGCAGGCGGGUGGGAACUUCCAAAUGGCACCCGGAGGCGAGAGGAAGAAGCCCGAGCCCUGGCCCAAGGAGGACGACGUCGAUGACCUCGAGCGACGACUCAAGAACCUCAGGGGAUACAAGUAGUAUAUAUCAUGAUGUAGGCACUAGGUAUAGUCUAACAAUAAUACAUUUAUUGAAAAGCGUUGCAAAGUGAGAGUAAAUAAUGUCAGCUAAGUCUAGCAUAUUAUGUAGAAUAUAAAC